GUCAUUUUGUUACGGUGCUGUAAUUUCGUUUAUACUUUUGAUAAAUUAAGUAAAAUCAAAUAAUUAAUGAUAUUUUCAAUGACACGAAUGUAUGAUUCUUAAUGUGGUGUUGAUAAGUUUUAUUUCAUACAGUUUACUUUUGUCGUGCAAUGGAAGAUGUGCACGAGCUACGAACUUUGCUGAAGCGACCCAGGACCAAACAAGUGCCAGGGCCAACACUCUACUGGACGACGCCGACGACAUUCAGAGACAGCUCGACAACGAGGCGAGGGACCGCAUCAAAUAUGGACGGCCGAAGACCAUUUGGGUGUUCCACUUCCCAACCCAAUUUCCUGACAUCAAUCUUGUAGAGAGGGCCACGAGACCUCCACGUAAAGUAAAAUUUCUUCGGCGAGGCAAGAAAGGACAAAAGAAAGCGGAAACGCUCAAGGAAUGGAGUUACAAAGAUCAAAGAACCUGGCCUAAGAUCUUCCCGGACUGCGGAGGGCGGUCGCAGUCUCCCGUCGACGUUCCCUACCACGGCCUGGUUGGUGCAAGAGCUGGAAGGAAACUGGUGUUCAAAAACUAUGACGUCAAGCCGGACGCCAUGAAGUUCAUUAACGAUGGGAACAGAGUGACCCUAAUCGCCAAAUGGAAGAACAACACCCGGCCCUACAUCUACGGAGGGGCAGCGCACAGCCGCCGCUACGUCUUCCAUUCCCUCACCCUACACUGGCCCUCUGAACACACAGUGGGUGGUCUGCAGUACCCCAUAGAGAGCCAGGUUAUGCACCUGUCAGCAGAAUACAAUUCCAUGGAAGAAGCUCUGCAAGGAUCUGUGAGCGAUCCGUUGGCGUUUCUGGCAGUGUCUACGUUGUAUCGGUACUCAAACCAUACCCAGGAAGGUCUGAACGACCUGAUCAAGACAGCCGUAGCCAGCACCACCAUCGACGGGUGUUUGACUCCAAAGCCCCUGAGUCACUUCAGCCCCCCCUUCAAGGAAUACGCCUGCUAUCAGGGCUCGAUGACUGCGCCGCCAUGCACUGAGGCUGUGUUAUGGUUGAUUAGGGGAAGAACUCUACCAGUUACUAGGGUUUGUAUAAAUUCUUUAGCUUUUAUCUAG